CAGUUUUUGGGCUGUCUGUUGAAAAGUAAGAAAUAGUAGUAAACACAAGAAUAUGAGUGCAUUGCUGAUUAAGAUUCAACAGUGACUUUUAAUGCUGAGUAUACAGCACUCAAAGAAUGAUCACAUUAUUCACAUUCCUGCAUGAUGAAACUGUCUUGGCUGGAGUCAAGUGUUUGAUAUUUGAGGAGAUGAAGAGAGUUUUGGUUAGAGUCGGUAUAUUGACAGCACUGAGCCAGGCCAAAAUGAAAGGUCCAGCUCUCAUUCCUGCUCCCUCCUCGUCACCUCCUCAUAUAUCAAACACCUGAGCGGUCUCAUUUGUCUGCCAAUGUGAAAGAACCGGCAGGACGGGUUGAUAUCAAUGAGAGAGGGGCUGAGACGGGACACUGAAAGUAGGUGAAGUCCACCUGCAGCCUACCUGACCACAGCUUUCUGAGAGAGACAGAAAGGAGGUCUGAGUGUACAUUAUAGACUUGACUCAAAGACGGUGAACUUGCAGACUUGAAGCUUUUGAAGGAAUCCUUGGGUUUGAAAUCUGAAUGUUUCUGAGGCCACAGCCAAAGUGACUAACAGUGAUUUUUUUGUUCCACACGGGCAAAUGUGAGAUGACUGAGCAUUUUCUUCAUAUCACCUGAGUGCAUCUGGCAAAACAGGUGUGUCCCAGGAGGGUGGGAGGGUAUAUAGCAACAGAAUCCAUGGACAGAGAGCUCAGUUUGAAGAUCUCCAGCACAGGCAUCAUGCUCUCUCUGCUCUCCUUCCUCUGCCUGUUCUCGGUCUGGACAAAGACAACAGGGGCGUCAGACCCCAACCUGCCCUUCAUGGACUACCUGGACCAGAAUCAUUUGGUCUGCCUGAAGUGGGGCUAUGACAACCUGCAAGGAAACAUUACACUGAAGCUGACAGUCAACACGACAGGCUGGGUGAGCUUUGGCUUCAGUCCGAACGGAGGCAUGCAGGGAUCGGACAUCAUCAUCGGUGGAGUUGGAUCCAGUGGAACCUACUUCUCAGAUCGUCAUGCCACAGGGAACACCAUGCCUGUGGUGGAUGAGCAGCAGAGCUACACUCUCCUCUCUCUCAAUGAAACUGACGGUCAAACCAUCAUGACCGUUAAGAGGACCAUUCAGGCGUGUGAUGACAAAGACUUCCAUAUCACUACUCAAGCCAUUAAGGUGAUCUAUGCCUAUGGACUAACAGAUGAGAUUGCUUACCACGCGGCCCGUAGAGGCACCAAGGAACUCAACCUGCUGAACUUUAUGCCCAGGACGACCAUAACCAGCCUCAAAUAUAUCAAUGCCACAGUGGACAAUAUCACUAUCCCUGCUAAAUCUACUUACUACCACUGCAAGGUCAUGAAGUUUCCUCCCUUACACACAAAACAUCACAUAUAUCAGAUUGAACCAGUGAUUGAACACACUGACCUCGUGCAUCACAUGCUGCUGUACCUCUGCCCUCCCUUUGUGACGGAGCCGUACGACAAGCCGUGCUACAUGGGUGACAUAGGGGAUCACUGCUUCCGGGUGGUGGCUGCAUGGGGAGUGGGAGGAGGGGUAUUCGAGCUUCCAGAGUAUGCGGGUAUUCCUGUUGGCGGUGCGGACUUAAAUGAUCAGUUUUUUCGGCUGGAAAUCCACUACAAUAACCCGAACAGUGACGAAAAUAGGACAGACAGCUCAGGACUGAGACUGCACUAUACAGCCGAACUCCGACAAAAUGAUGUGGCCAUCCUGCACACAGGUGUGAUGAUAAGUCAUCGAACACCCUACAACAUCCCCCCAAGAGCUGCUCAAUUCCACACCUAUGGUGUGUGUAAUACCAGUCUGUUUUCUCAGCUUGUGAAUCCUGUGCCUGACCUUCAUGUGUUUGCUGUGAUGCUGCACACUCACUUGGCUGGGAGGAAAGUCAGAGUUGCCCACUACAGAGACGGAAAGCAAAUAGACUUCUUGGCCUUGGAUGAGAACUUCAACUUCGAGAUACAGCAGGGCAUCAGUUUGGGAGCUGUCAAGACCAUCAAGCCGGGUGAUGAGAUUGCAGUGGAGUGCACCUACAGUACAAUCGAUCGCACCAAAGUCACCACGAUGGGGUUAGCAACUACUGAUGAGAUGUGUCUGGCCUUCCUGCUCUACUAUCCUGCAAUACCGAUCAACACAUGUGUUAGCCACCCGAAUACAAGUAGCUCUGAUAGAACGUCCAUAGUGCCCCCCACUUCAGACCCGGAUGACAUUGCUGCACAGGAGAUGUUCCUAAAGAGCGUUAAACAAAUGCAGUUAGUCAGUGAUGACAAUGUCAACUUUGCAUUCAGUGGAGAUGGCAUCAUCAGGGAGAUGAUGAAGACGCCGACUGUCACUUGUCAGAACAACUCGGCAAGCAAAGUUGGCACUUCCUGGAUUCUGAACCCAGCAGGAAUUGUGCUUUUGCUGCUCUGGAUUGCGACAAUGUAACGUGGUGGUGUGAGCGACAGAUGCAAACCAUUGCAAUCUUGAAAAAGGGAGGCACAGUUGAUAAAAAAAAAUCUGUUGUACCCAGCUGAGUAUAUUCAACUUUACAGGACAGGGUGUAGCCUAUAGCAUGUGUUUUUAUUUUCUCUGUUCAUAGCAUAUGUUUUCUGUUUGGCAUUAAUUGUUAACAACAGAGCAGAAAUCUGUUUCUUAAAAGCACAAAAAAGUUAACUGCUACACACAUUUAUUACAUUUUAUGGUAGUUCAGUAUCACCCUACAUGAUCAAAUGUAUACUUUAAUAUCUAUUGUAUUGUACCUCGAAUCUAAAGUUUUUUCACCUGAGCUACAUGACAUACACUGUGAUAGAAGGUUUUAUCGAUAUCACCCAGCUAUAUUAUAUUUUUCUAAUUCCAUUUUAGCAUAUGCCAUGAUUAUGUAUUGGAAUAUAUGGCAUACAACAUAUGCACUUAUCUCUGUUUGUGUACUUGUAUUGUAUUGUGUUCAUGCCAUGCACUGUAAGCUUAAUUGCUGAUAUUUAUAUGUAUACAUUUAUAUAAAGUAGACAAUCAUUUCAUGAGUUAUGAUUUAAUAAAAUAUAUAA